GCAAUUUACACAACCAAAGCAUAAUAAAUGGAGUAUGAGACGCAACUCAAUUUCGCAUUUUCUAUCAAAAAAAACAAAAGAAAUGGCGUCGAAUUUGUUCCAAGACGACGUGGUGGUGCUGAUGGUUCCAUUCCCGCUGCAGGGCCACCUGAACCAGCUCCUCCACCUCUCCCGCCUCAUCUCCUCCCGCGGCGUGUCGGUCCACUACGUGGGCACCGCCACCCACAACCGGCAGGCCCGGCGCCGCGCCCAGGGCUGGGACCCCAUCUCCGCCUCCAACAUCUUCUUCCACGAAUUCCAAUCCCUCCACUUCACCGCCCCUCCCCCCGACCCCUCCGCCGCCAUCAAAUUCCCCGGCCACCUCCAGCCCCUCUUCGACACCCUCCACUCCCUCCGCCGCCCCGUCGCCGACCUCCUCGCCUCCCUCUCCGCCUCCCGCCGCCGCGUCGUCGUGGUGUACGACUCCCUCAUGGGCUCCGUCGUCCAGGACUUCGUCAACUUCCCCAACGCCGAGUCCUACAUUUUCCACAGCGUCUCCGCCUACACCAUCUUCUUCUUCCUCUGGGAGACCAGCGGCCGCCCCUUCGCCGUCGACCCCGAGAUCCUCUCGGGCCUCCCCGCCCUCGAGGGCUGCUUCACCCCCGAAUUCCUCAAAUUCGUGGUGAAGCAGCAUCAGUACCUCAAGCUCAACUCCGGCCGCAUCUACAACACAUGCAGGGAGGUCGAGGGCCCCUUCCUCGACCUCCUGCAACGGCCCCACAUCAGUGGGGCCAAAAAGCAGUGGGCCCUCGGCCCAUUCAACCCAAUCGCCUCCCCCAAGAGAAAAAAGCCCCCCCACAAAUGCCUCCAGUGGCUCGACGGGCAGCCCCGGGACUCGGUCAUCCUCGUCUCGUUCGGCACCACCACCACGCUCUCGAACGAUCAAAUCCACCACCUGGCGACCGGCCUCGAGAGAUCCGGGCAAAAAUUCCUGUGGGUUUUGCGCGAUGCUGAUACUGGAGAUGUGUUCCGGGCGGCAGCUGGGCGCAGGGCCCAGCUGCCCCAGGGGUUUGAAGAAAGAAUUACAGGAACAGGUUUGGUAGUGAGAGACUGGGCGCCGCAGCUGGAUAUCCUGGGGCACUCGGCCACAGGGGGAUUCAUGAGCCACUGCGGGUGGAAUUCCUGCAUGGAGAGUAUGUCGAUGGGGAAGCCGAUCGCGGCGUGGCCGAUGCAUUCGGAUCAGCCCAGGAACACGGUGUUGAUCGCCAGGGUCCUCGGGAUCGGCCUCGUCGUGAGAGACUGGGCCCGUCGGGCGGAGGUCGUGAAGGCGGACGUGGUGGAGGAUGCGGUGAGGAGGCUCAUGGCAUCGGAGGAAGGGGAGGCCAUGAGGAAGAGGGCUGCGGAGCUGGGUAGGGCCGUCAGGGACGCGGCGGAGGAAGGUGGCUCGGCGUGCUUUGAGUUGGACUGUUUUGUGUCACAUAUUAGUAGAUAGAUCGUAGAUUCUACGAAAUAAAAGUAUAUCAUAUUAAUGUAGGAGUAUUUGUUAGGUAUCAUAUUAUAAUUACUUACAAAUUAUAAAUAUGAAUGCAAUUGCGCCCAUGCAUUAUGUGGACCUAAAUAGAUAGCUAAAUAUUAAUGAUUCAUGGAUUAUAUUCCUCUA